AUGUGCAGGUUUCACUUCCAGGACUUGUGUGUGAGAGGCGAGUCAUCCGAGGCUUUCGGGGUGAACCCAGUCUUCCUUCCGUCGUCCUCGCUGUACAACGCCAAUGCUGCUGCCAACAUGACCGCCUACACCAACGAAACAUUUGCCAAUCCCUUUGAGCUCAACGCCAAGGGGUUGCCAUAUGGCUUUCAGCAGCUGCCUGGCAGCAGCCGCUUCCCGCUGGUGUUUGAUGUGAAUCUGGACAACGGGGCAGCAACACGGCGGCUGCAGUACCUGGUGGACGGGUUCUUCGUGGACAACUACACGCGCAGCAUCGACGUUGUUCUUAUCACUCGCAACGGUGAGGGGCAACGGUGGUGA